UGUAGUCAGAGUACCGAACUGGUGUCCAAUUUAGCGGCGGUGUCAAUUUUGAAUAAUUCAUCGGGCGCGGCGCGGCGCCGUAAUGUUUGAAAUCAAAUUCAUCGCCGGCGGCAGCUCUUAAAAUGAUACUGACGCCGCGGCGGCGAAAAAUUGGCAAGACUAUAGUUAAACUAUUUAUGCAAUAAUCGCCAAGAACUAGGACAACUUUUAGACUUUCUCAUAAAAUUCACGGAUUGUCCACCAUAUUACAAAAUUCCUCCCCAACUCCGACCUCAUUACAAUCACCCAGGUCAACUCGACAUGGGAAGGGGCCGCCCGCAAGCAUCUCUUAUCCCGCUGCCCUGUUCGUCUCACCCCAGAUCCGCUGGGUACCUACAUAUCCCUGAUGCAGUCCUGGGGCCAUAAGCAUGUCCAACUCGCUUUCGGAGAGUACCCAAAGUCCCAACUGCUCUCGGAAUAUCAAAUAUUUUCCAACCAGCAAUCCCACUUCGUCACCACGCUCGGGAUCGACUGGGUCUUAAACGUGAAGACCCGAUGGAGUCACGAAUUUUUCAGAAUAUUACAAUCAUUCCCCCACGUCACGUCGCUACAGCUUAACGCCCUUAUUCACCUCAAGGACCCCGUCCCCUAUCACCACCUCGACGAUAAUGACGCUGUCGACUUUACCGACGAAUGGCUCAGUUCCCUCGUCCCGACAGAUUUCUACCUCCCAAAAGUUACCAGAUUGGUAAUAAACGUGCAUGAAUUCUUCUCCAUGGCUUGGCUAGGAGAAACGAUUGAGAAUUUUUUAUCCGUCACCGUGAAACGAACCCUCCCCCGAAUCUUCCCCCAUUUCCAGAACCUCACCCAUUUUGGGGGGAUUAAUCUACAAUGGAAAGAGUCUGAUGUGGAGAACCACGGGAAUCUGCUACCGGCAUCCGUUACAAGUUUAUCGAUCGAGGAUAUUCCUUGUCGCGGUCAGGGGAACCGUUUCGUCCCCCUGAAUUUUGUCCCCGGCUGCAUCACUCGCCUACAAUUUCACACCAUUUGUCAUCAACACGAGGAGAACCGUACGAUUGAGAACGUCUUGAUUAAAGUUGCCCCCACCUUGACGCACCUCGAAUUCUCGCGUAUCGAAGUUUGCGAACCUUUCCGAGUUCGAACAAUCAUCUGUCCACCUCUCCCAAAACUCAAAGUUUUCAAGAUAUCGAGAAAUCCUUAUCAAGGGAAGGGUGCUUCCCCGAACUAUGCCGAUUACAGGGUCGAGAUCAAUUUUGAAUUUGCAUCCGCGCAAAAUCACCACGUGCUCAGUUAUGCGGAACAGUUUCCAUGUCUGGAGAUCAUAAUUGUUCAAAACGAUUGGAGUCACGUGAGACCUCGAGAUUUUGAAGUGAUCCCGAAUGGCUCCUCUUUUGAGACUUUGGUCGAAUUUUUGUACCACAAUUUUAUGCCCGAAGGUGUCUCCCCGUGUGAGACGGUGCGUCGGGUGGAUAUCCCGUACCCGGCCGGGUUAAAGUUCCGAUGGUGUGGGGCUAAUUGUAAGUGGGAGUGGAGGGAUACGGAAGAAUUUUAUGACCGGGUUGCGAGCACCUUUCCAAAUUUGGGGUAUCAGAUUUUGGACCCCGUGUGGCGAGAGAAGAGGAGAAAGGGGCUCAGGAAUAUUGUUGAGAUGGCGAGGAAUUAUGGGUUUUCGGAGGAAGAUAUCCACGUCAUGAUGAGAAAUGGGGAUGUCAGGGUGAAAUGAAUUUAUUACGGUCCCUUAAAAAUAUUGCUUCCCUUUUUUGAAAGAAGAAAAAUCCAUCUUCGCAUUAAAACCAUGGAACUGUGCUCUAAAUGAAAAUACAAAAACUUUAUCUAACCUUUAAUUAAAGAAAAUAACACAACCGAAUGGUGAAACUUAUCCUUCCAAAAUGUAUCCAUUCUUUGGAUUAACUUUAUACGGCACUGGAUUAUUUUCCUCAUUGACAUUAUACAUAUGUUUUUAUGCAAUUAAUUACAUAAUUUUAGUGCAAGUAAUUUUAAAUUUGAUGAUGUAUGUACAUAGAGCACUUAUAAUAAAUAA